UUGCCACCAGACUCCUCUGGUCCUCCCACCGUCCAUCCCAUUCUUUCCAUCCACUUACUGCCAGCCAUUACCACCAACUCCGCGGCUCCUCCUCUUCCUCAAUCUCAAGCAUUGUGACCUCCCGUUUCGUGACCUCGGGUCCGUCGUCGACCAACUCACAACGCGCGUGCGCAACGCGCGCGUCACAUCGCGCCUCCUUCCCCUCCACCCAUCGCUGUCUAUGAGCAAUGGAUGACGGACGCGACGAGGUCGAGGCCGUCAAGGCGGCUCUCGGCGGCGUACGAGUUGCCAGCGCCUCCCACACACCUGUCUCCGGGCAUCCGUCGCCCGCCCUCCGCCCCCCUUCCUCGGCGUCUUCACCGUACCUCAAGCCGUCCCUCAAACAGUCGCCCGCCGACCCCUCCGCAACACUAGAUGCGCUAUUCUCGCCCCAGUCUCCCCGCCGCUCCCCACCCUGUGUCAAGUUCGACCUCGGGUCCCCCGAACCAGAGCCGGAGGCGGAGGCGGAGCCAGAGUCGUCUGGCAUUGUGUCCCGCGCGUCGUCGGCGGGACCGAGCAGGCGGAAGAAGGAGGCGCCGCCGCCCCCCACCCUCAUCCCCGAUCUGCCGUUGGCGUGGGAUGAUGCGCUGGCGAGCUUCGACUCACUGGAGCGGUGUGUGUACGAGCGAAAAGAUCUAGGGUUGAGCCGCGAGCAGGACGACAUGAUGGUGUGCGACUGCACGUUCAAUCCCAACGACCCAUCAGGGGCGUGCGGGCACGACUCGGACUGCAUCAACCGCGCCAUCUUCAUCGAGUGUCUCCCAAAAGAAUGCAGGACGGGGAAGCACUGUCUGAAUCAGCGUCUCAACAGGCGUCAGUAUGCGCCCGUCGACAUUGUCCUCACGGAGAAGAAGGGUUUCGGCCUGCGCGCACGCGAGGAUCUACCAGCCGGGAGCCUCAUCUACGAGUACAUCGGCGAGGUGGUCGUCGAGAAGACGUUUCGCGAGCGCAUGGCCGCAUACGCUGCUGAAGGCAUCAAGCACUUCUACUUCAUGAUGCUUCAGAAGGAAGAGUACAUCGACGCCACCAAGAAGGGCGGCAUCGGGCGCUUUGCCAACCACUCGUGCAAUCCCAAUUGCGAGGUGCAGAAGUGGGUCGUGGGCCGACGCAUGCGCAUGGGUAUCUACGCCAAGCGCGACGUGCUCAAGGACGAGGAGAUCACGUUCAACUACAAUGUUGAUCGCUAUGGUCACACCGCACAACCAUGCUAUUGCGGAGAGUACAACUGUGUUGGUACCAUCGGCGGCAAGACACAGACGGACGUGGGCGGCAUGGAUGACCUCCUCCUUGACGCUUUGGGCAUUCUGGACGAUGUCACUGCUGGUGGCAUGAAGGGCAGCAAGAAGAAGAAGUCGAGGCAACUCGAUGUGGAUUACAACCCCAUCCUGAGACCCAUUGAGCCACCGGAAGCACCAAAGGUUUCGGCCGCCAUCCGUCAGUCGUUAGAGAACCCGCCCAUGCUCAGCAAACUUCUUGACCGCGUUGGGAUGACUGACGAGCCCGCGGUACAUCGCCAGCUCAUGCGACUGCACGGCUUCGGUCUAAUGACGAUCAUCCUCACAGAUCAAGCGCAGGAUAGAAACAUGGUCUCACUGGCACUAGAAUGUUUGGAGAAGUUCAAGUCGACCAUGACAUAUCGCAACAAGGUCGAGGACUCGGGCAUUGAAGAUCUGGUCAAGGUCCUCGCCGACGGAGAGGACGAGCAGAUCGCAACCAUCGCGAAGGACUUGCUGGCCUUCUGGUCGACGCUUGAAAUGUCGUACCGCAUCCCCCGCGUCCAGAAGUUGGAGUCACUCGACGAGGAGGACAAUCAAAACACAACCACCAUAGCGGACCACGACGCGAUGCCCCGCCGCCAUUUCCACGUGGACGACUUCAUCAACACGCAAACAAUUACUUUCAAAGCCGCGCCCGUCCGCCAAGCGUCCUUCGCGCCGCCAGCAAGGCAUCGUCCGCCACCUCCCCCGCCUCUGCCGAAGCCUGUCGUUCCAUCUCACGCCGCAGAGCGCUCCAAGCUCGAUGCCAUCAUCGCGAUGGCUGCGGCCAGCGCUCAGCCCAUUGCAGCUCCGCCCCCCGUGGAGACUCCUACUCCCGCGAGGGUGGAGGAGCCUAGAAAACGGCAGAAGACAGCGCAUAAUUUCACGCCCGAGGACGAGGCCAAGAAGGAAAAGCGCCUCACGAAGCUCGUCGGCGAGGUGGUUGUCAAGAGCAUGUCAAAGUACAAGGAUCAGAUGGACCACGACACGUUCAAGCGCUACGCCAAGGACUGCACCAACCUGCUUGUUGACAAGGAAAAGCGUGGGCGGUCGUACCAAAACCACAGACAUCCGCAACUAUCGGAGGAGAAGAAGGCGAAGAUGAAAUCCUUCACGAAAGACUAUGUGCAUAAGCUCCUGCGGAACCUCAAGGCCAAGGGUAAAUUACGCCGUACGACCUCAUCAACGUCAACACAGGCGAGGGAUCACUCUCCCAACACACCAGCGAUGACCCCUUCGCGCAUGGGCAUAACGCCAUGGGACACGCCAGCGAAGGGCGAGAGUUCGGCAGCGAGCGCCACGGCUUCCACCCCGCACGGGAGCGUCAAUGGCGACGCCCUGCUGGACGAGAUGUUUGGCGAGGACGACAUGGAUCUCGAUGAGGGCGGUGCCCCUUCUCUCGCACCCGACGCGACGCCCUCGACAUCCACACAUUACGUGGGCACGCCGCUUGGCUCAACGCCCCCACCCAGCAGCCCGCACGUCAAUGGCAAUAUGUCGGCGCCCUCCCGCGUCGGUGACAAGCCGGUCGUGGUCGACCAUGCCAACGGACCAUUUCUCUCGCGCGGCCCCGUGCUCGUGGACCGCUUCGAGGGGUUCAAGAGCAGCCGGAGGCCGAGUUAGGUGGACUGUCAGGCGUGGUGUGACGUGAGCUCUGUAGCAUGGUGUGACGUGAGCUACGUAGCCUGGUGUGAUGUAUGUCAUGCCAGCAGCCUGGUGGUGACCUCCUGAAUACCAGUUGAGCAUCGUUCCCAACUUGCGAGCUAGAACCGUCUCGUACGCGUCCAGUACCACGCACCCUCGCACCGCGCGAUGCGCGAAGCCUAUGCCAUGCAUACAUACCCUC